AUGAGUCCUCCACUGCUGAAGCUUGGUGCUGUUCUUAGUACCAUGGCAAUGAUCUCUAACUGGAUGUCCCAAACUCUCCCAUCUCUGGUAGGACUAAAUACCACCAGAAUAACCACUUCAGAUACUCUAACUCAGAUUAGCCCCAAGGAAGGGUGGCAAGUUUAUAGCUCAGCCCAGGAUCCUGAUGGCCGUUGCAUUUGCACUGUGGUUGCACCUGAACAAAACCUAUGUUCAAGAGAUGCCAAAAGCAGGCAGCUCAGACAGCUGCUAGAGAAGGUUCAGAAUAUGUCCCAAUCUAUUGAAGUUUUAAAUCUACGGACUCAGAGGGAUUUCCAGUAUGUUUUAAAAAUGGAAACACAAAUGAAAGGGCUGAAGGCCAAGUUUCGGCAAAUUGAAGAUGCGAUGACAAAGCAUUUUCAAGAGUUGAAAGAAAAGAUGGAUGAGCUCCUGCCACUGAUCCCAGUUCUGGAACAAUACAAAACUGAUGCCAAAUUAAUCACCCAGUUCAAGGAGGAAAUUAGGAAUCUGUCUACUGUCCUCACUGGGAUUCAGGAAGAAAUUGGUGCUUAUGACUAUGAGGAACUACACCAGCGUGUACUCAGUUUAGAAACCAGGCUUCGAGACUGCAUGAAAAAGCUCACAUGUGGCAAAUUGAUGAAAAUUACAGGCCCCAUUACAGUCAAGAUAUCUGGAACGCGAUUUGGAGCCUGGAUGACAGAUCCAUUAGCAUCAGAGAAAAAUAACCGAGUCUGGUACAUGGAUAGUUACACUAACAAUAAAAUAGUCCGUGAAUACAAAUCAAUUGCAGACUUUGUCAGUGGGGCGGAAUCAAGGACAUACAACCUUCCAUUCAAAUGGGCAGGAACCAACCAUGUUGUCUACAAUGGCUCCCUCUAUUUCAACAAGUAUCAGAGCAACAUCAUCAUCAAAUACAGCUUUGACACUGGGCGGGUGCUUGCACAGCGUAGCCUUGAGUAUGCUGGCUUUCACAAUGUCUACCCUUACACCUGGGGGGGCUUUUCUGAUAUUGACCUGAUGGCAGAUGAAAUUGGGCUAUGGGCUGUGUACGCCACCAACCAGAACGCAGGCAACAUUGUCAUCAGCCAGCUAAACCAGGAUACGCUGGAGGUGCUGAAGAGCUGGAGCACAGGCUACCCAAAGAGAAGUGCUGGAGAAUCCUUCAUGAUCUGUGGCACCUUGUAUGUUACUAACUCUCACUUAACAGGAGCCAAGGUCUACUAUUCUUAUUCCACAAAAACCUCCACUUACGAGUAUACAGACAUUCCUUUCCAUAAUCAGUAUUUUCAUAUAUCCAUGCUUGACUACAAUGCAAGAGAUAGAGCUCUCUAUGCCUGGAAUAACGGACAUCAAGUCCUGUUUAACGUCACUCUUUUCCACGUCAUUAAAACUGAGGACGACACAUAAUUCCUUCCCUUUCCCUCACCUCCCUCCCUCAAAGCAGUGUCAUUUGUGAGAAACUCUAAAAGCAUCCAUCUCUCUCAGUUCCUGUUACUUUACAUUUCUUUUUUCAUUAAGGAAAAGCAACAUUUUCUACCAUAUAAUGCAUUUCAAAUAUGGCUGAGCCUGUCAAAAAUGACCUGUUGGAAAUAAAAGCAUCCUAACUCAUGAUUCUACAAGGUCUGUCAAGACCUUGUCUUGAAAAGCACUAAAGAGGAUUUAAGUGGCUAAAGACAGUUUUUAAAAGAUUAUGAUCUGCCUUAUUUUAGAGUCGGAGACUAAUGGUGGCUUAGAUGCAUGAAUGUCUUUUUUUACCUCAUUUUUAUUUUUAAUCUUUUGCUCAACUUCAGGAAAUAUUUUGGUAGUGUCAGACACAUAUUGCACAUUGUAUUUUUUUAUUUAUUCCAAAAGAAAGAUUUAGGAAUUUAAUUUACUUGGACAUGGAGUAUGAUUCAUUUUGCCAUCACCAAAUUUCAGAUGUGGUGCUGUACAGUAUGUUUUUAAAUCUCUUGCAAACAUUUUAUCGACAGUAUGUAUUUCUACCAUUGUAACCACCAUUGUGCAAUUGUAUCUCUUCACUUAUGUGAAAGUAAACUAAGUACUAUUUUUUAUAAAAGAUAUUGAAGCUUAAUUGUA